CACCAUCCCCAACAGCCUCAGCUCCCUCGUUGUCUGCUUCUUUUGCCUGCCCAGCAAACACCAUGGCUGAGCCUAUUCGAAACAAGCGAUCCGACGUGUCCACUGCGCCCACACCGCAGAACACGCCGGCUACCAACGCUCCCAUAUCCUCCCGCGCCCAGCAGCCCGGCGUGGCCAGCAUCAAAGAAGAUGACAUGGAACGAGCAGCUGCCGCCUCCCUCCUGGCGCAAAACCCAAAGCUCGUGCAGAUGAUCCAAGGGCGGCUCGGCUCUCUCAUUGGACAGUCGUCUGGGUACAUCGAGUCCCUCCCCGCUCCCGUCCGCCGUCGCGUCUCGGGCCUGCGAGCAAUUCAGAAGGACCACGCCAAGCUGGAGGCCGAGUUCCAGGAAGAGGUUCUCCAGCUCGAGAAGAAGUACUUCGCCAAAUUCACUCCCCUCUACGAGAAGCGAGCUGCCAUCGUCAAUGGCAAGGUUGAGCCCACGGAGGAGGAAGUCAAGCGAGGCGAUGAGGACGAGGAGGAGUCAAACCAGGAACAGGCCGAGCCUGCUGGCGAGGCCUCGCAGCCCACUGAUGAGGUGGCUGAGAACGUCAAGGGUAUUCCCGAGUUCUGGCUAUCUGCCAUGAAGAACCAGGUGACGCUUGCGGAGAUGAUUACCGACCGGGACGAGGCUGCCCUGAAGCACCUCGUCGACAUCCGGAUGGAGUACCUUGACAAGCCCGGCUUCCGUCUCAUUUUCGAGUUUGAAGAGAAUGAGUUCUUCUCCGACAAGAUCAUCACCAAGACAUACUACUACCAGAACGAGAGCGGCUACGGCGGCGACUUCAUCUACGACCAUGCCGAGGGCCACAAGAUCGACUGGUACCCCGGCAAGGACCUGACUGUUCGCAUCGAAGCCAAGAAGCAGCGAAACAAGAACACCAAGCAGACCCGAAUUGUCAAGAAGUCGGUGCCGACGGAAUCCUUCUUCAACUUCUUCUCCCCUCCCAAGCCCCCCACCGAUGAUGAUGAUGAAAACGACGACGUUGCCUCCGACAUUGAGGAGCGUCUGGAGCUGGACUACCAGCUUGGUGAGGACAUCAAGGAGAAGCUGAUUCCUCGUGCCGUCGACUGGUUCACUGGCGAGGCUCUUGCCUACGAAGAGUUCGAUGAGGACGACAUGGAGGCCGGUGACUUUGAAGACGACGAGGACGAUGAGGACGACAUGAGCGAGGACCACGACGAUGACGAGGAGUCUGACGAAGAUGAUGAAUCCGGAAAGCCCAAGCAGGAGGCUGCCGAGUGCAAACAGAGCUAAGCGACACAACCUGCCAACGUCUAGAGGCCGGGUUCUUUCUAUGUCUUAGAGGAAAGGAAAUUCGAGGGAAAAGAUGCUCAAGUGGACAGGGAUUUUGAGAGGAAUGGCGUAAUCUGAGUUAAUGACAUUGCUACAUUGGUU